AAACACAACGGCGCGCUGCAAAACGUGAUAUAAAGCGGACCUUAUUGCAGUGGUGCGUUAGAGUGACUUUCGUGUGGCAAACCUGCAGUGGAUGUCCGAAUUGCUGAAAUAAAUUAUUAUGCUUACUGAUAUUUCGUUGAUCGGAGUGAGAAACCGGUGACCGCGUUGGUGUCCGUGUGAUCAUCAUGGAACAGGGGAUCCGCUGGCACGCUCGAGCAUACCGGUGGAGUUAGUCGAGGCCACAGCCUUUUGAAAUAGACAACUUAAGUCAUCAUGGAGAACGCCAUAUCAGAACUGGGCGUGCAGCCACAAGAGCAGCUUGAUAAGGAGGUAACAGAUGGCGAUAGAGAGCCAGCUGAAGAACAUAGGGAAGAAGAUGGCUUCCUUGUGAUAAAAGACGAGAAAAGUAGUGACAGUGACGCUCACAGUGAAGACCUUAGCUCUAAUGAUGAACAAAGUAACAUAAUCAGUAGUAGUAACUCUCAGUUUUAUGAGAGCAGUGACAGUAAAAUAGACUUUGCGGUAAAAAUAGAUGACAAUGAUACUCUUAGUGAUAUAGACGACAUCAAAACGGACAGUGCUUCAGCUGACAGUGAAGAUUCCGCUCUUGGUAGUCUUCCACCGGACAGUGCUCUCAACGAUAGGGAAGAAGAAGCUCAAGAUAGGUCAGAAGGGAGCGAUUCAGGCCUUGGAUCAGAAGUCAUUGAUGAUUUAAAAAUACCAAGCUUCAACCUUGCUCUUCCAUGCACAAGUAGCCUAAACAGUGUCAAAUCAUCAGAUGAUUUAGACCAAAAUAAUGAUAACUCCAGCAAUAGUAGUAAUGAUAAGAACAAUGUAGAUAAUGGCCAUAAUUCAUUAGCACAAGUUAAGCCCCUCAGAAGUAGCCUUAAGAGAAAAUGUAGCGAUGAAAGCAAUUACGAGCCUCAAACUAAAAAACGGAAAGAAAGUAUAACAUUUGAUAAUGUUACUGUAUUCUACUUUCCAAGAGCUCAAGGAUUUUCAUGUGUCCCAUCGCAAGGAGGCUCCACUUUAGGAAUGGAAUGGGAACAUUCUCAUAUACAAAAGUUUACCUUAGCUGAGCAUGCUUUAGAGCAGAGAAGAUUACAUAGACAAAUACUGCAGCAGUUGAAGAGUGAGCGUCAUUCAUUGCAAGGCGUGUCUCUGUCCUCUAGUGAAGAUAGUGACACGGAAGAAGAAGCAAGUGACAUUUCUGAAUCAGAGCUUGAUUUAGAUAGUUAUUUUUUCUUACAACCUGUUCCAACUAGACAAAGGAGAGCCCUAUUGCGUGCAGCUGGAGUAAGAAAGAUAGAAGGCUAUGAAAAAGAUGAAUGCAGAGAUAUAAGAACAUCGCGUGAAUUCUGUGGCUGCGCAUGUAAGGGAACAUGCAAUCCAGAAACUUGUUCGUGCAGCUUAGCAGGAAUAAAAUGCCAAGUCGAUAGAUUGAACUUCCCAUGUGGAUGCACCAGAGAUGGAUGUGCUAACACCACAGGUCGCAUCGAAUUCAACCCUGUAAGAGUUCGGACGCAUUUCAUACAGACUCUUAUGAGAAUAGGUCUUGAAAAGAAAAACGAAGAGAACCAAGAAGCUGCUAAGAGACAAUGGCUGGAGGCGCACAACAACUCCACAUCUUGCUCGUCAAAUACUUCAUAUGAGAGAGAGCGAUGUCUUAGUCAUGAAGAUGGAAUGUUACGUGAUGUUAACCUUACUCCGAGAGUGGAAGUUGAAUCUUGCGUCAAUACAGGAAGUUUUAAUAAUGUUCAUUGUGAUAUGAAUAAUUCUACAGUGCAGAAUGGCGACAUGUCAUAUGGCUAUAGAAAUGAGGCUUCUAACCUUAAUAAUGUAAAUGACAACAGUAUCAUGCAUUUUGAGAAUACAAACAAUCAUCACACUCAUAAUGGUUACACAUCCAAUAUACUCCAAGGCAAGGGUCCACCUUACUCCGCGGCGAACGCCAUGGGAUUUGAUACCAUAUCAAACAAUGUACAACGGUUUCCUUGCGAACUAAACUAUGCGUACGAACAACAAACGGAACACCAUUUUAAGGGUCUGCAAAGUUUCUCCGCAACUAGUUUCGAAGAGUUCGCGCAUAGUUCCCAGAUGACUAUGUUCAGUCAUUAUGGCCACGUGUAUGUACCAGAUUACUUGCAUAAAUCAGCUGCAAAUGUGCAUGAACACAGCUCGCUACAAUAUCAUAGUACACAACAUAAUCACUAUGGAAUGUACAAAAACAGUUCCGAUUGUGUAAAUAAUGACAGCAAAAGUGAUACUCAUUAUACUACUUUGAUGACAUUGCCAUAUCAGCCUAGUAAUAAGAUGCAAACUGUAGAAAAUGAUGAGAACUGGUUCAGUCACAAUACGUUACUGAACUUGGACCAUUCGGACCAGACAACCCAGGAUGCAACGGACUCCCAGUCUCAAUCCGCUUCGACAACCGACAGCAAUAAUGCCGAGACCACGGAGAAUUUUGGUGAACUUAUUAAGAAAACGAUGGUAGAGUCUGUUACUGUGUAGAUGAAUCACUUGUUGUAUUUUAAUCGUCUUAAUUAUCAUGUUAUGAAAUUUUUAAUUAUAUUAAUUGGUAAAUUCAAA